AUGAUGAGAAAACGCACUUUUGAAAGCGCGGCCAUUACUUCUCGUACUCCGCUGGGUGGCCUUAUGAAAGACGGCGACUUGCUUAUUCUUCAACCGGCCUGUAAACUUCAAGAUCUUCAAAUACAAGAUACGAUUGAGGAAGUACUAAGAUCUAACUUACAAGGAGUUGGCUUCACCUCAUGGGACAGCGACGCUAGAUGUGACACACUGAGCCAGAUUAUCAAACAAAAACUACGAAAUAUUCAACACCAGUUCUCCGAUUUCACUGUGGUUGUUUUGAUGGGACAGGCGAACGACACUGGAAUAGUGAAAGCUUCACAUAAGGUAUGGAAGCCAGAGUAUGACAGCUUUGCUUCUGCCUGGUACAAAAACGAGUCCUUGUUUGCGGUGGGAACUGUGUUCGCUACUUACGCUACUAGGAACUUUUAA